AUGGCAACGAGAGUAAAGCUCCUAGCGAUAACAUCUAUAGUCGCUGCUUUGUCAUUUAUUGAAUGUGCAGAUGUCCCUAAUUUAAAUCAAGCAUGCUUCCGAUGUCUUUGCCACGUGUAUACUAAUUGUAUGUCAUCAGAUAAUUGCUUUGGUGAUUAUUGUGGUCCAUUCACCAUCUCUAAGGUGUACUGGAAUGAGGCUGGCAAAAUCACGCUGCCAGGUGACGAUCCUGCGAGCGAUAACGCUUGGAGGGAAUGUGCUACCGAUUACAACUGCGCGCAAAAGAUCGUAAAAGGUUAUCUUCAAAAGUUUGCCAAGGACUGCAAUAACGAUGGUGAGAUCAACUGCUUCGAUUACAUGAUGAUUAACAGUAAUGGAGGGUACAAUUGCACCCCGCCGCUCGACAGAACCGAAACCGGCCGAAUGUGGCUUGAAAGGUACGAAGAAUGUCACACAAAACUUAAUUUACUCAACUGA